AUGAAUGUCGACGAUGGGAAGGGAUCCCCACCAUCCGAUUCAGCAGAGGUGAACGACCAUUUUUUGGACACAUCCAGCUCGGAGUCGCCCAAGAGUUCUCGUGCAGUUGAAUCAGUAAAAAGAGAACCGAAGGAUGAAUCUGGUGACGAAGCCCCCUUUAAAAAGUCCACACACCAUUGCAUCUCAUCACCUCUUCAUUCCCAUUCCUCUCCCCUCUCCACCCAACCGUCCAUCACACAAACCAUGGCCGGGGACCUCCAAUCCUACGCCAUUCUCUUCCUCAUCUGGCUCAUUUCCACUGUCAUUAUCCGGACCAUCUUCUCCAAUUCCCGAACCACAGCUCGCCAUCUCCCUCCCGGCCCGAAACGGCUCCCGAUUAUCGGACACCUCCACGUCCUUGGUCCCAUUCCUCACCAAGCCUUUCACAAGCUCUCUAAGCGCUAUGGACCGUUGAUCCACCUCCGACUUGGCUCUGUCCCCGCUCUAGUGGCCUCCAACGCUGACAUCGCAAGAGAAAUCCUCAAGACACAUGAGACCACCUUCUCAUCCCGACCUCAAUCGUCAGCCAUCCGUUAUCUCGCUUACGGCACCUCUGGUUUCGCCUUCGCUCCUUACGGCCCCUACUGGAAGUUCUUGAAGAAGCUCUGCAUGUCCGAACUCUUAAGUGGGCGCACGCUCGAUCAGUUCCAGCCCAUCCGCCGUGAAGAGAUCCGGCGAUUCUUGCGACUACUACAUAAGAAAUCCAACGGCGGAGAAGCAGUCAACGUUGGACUAGAGCUCAUAACGUUGUCGAACAACACAGUAUCGAGGAUGAUGAUGAGUCGGAUAUGUUCGGACACGGAAGGGGAGGCAGAGGAAGUGAGGAAGAUAGUGCAUGAGGUGGCGGCGCUGGCUGGCACGUUUAACAUAUCGGAUUUUAUCGGGUUAUGUCGGAAUUUUGAUUUGCAGGGACUGAAGAAAAGGUACAAGGACGUGCACGGUAGAUUCGAUGCUAUGAUGGAGAGGAUCAUGAAAGAGCAUGAAGAAGGGAGGAAGAUGAAGAUGGAGAGAGGCGAUGGUGUGAAGGAUAUUCUCGAUAUUUUGCUCGAGAUAUCGGAAGAUGAGAGCGCCGAGAUGAAACUGACGAAGGAGAACAUCAAAGCAUUUAUCCUGGAUAUCUUUGUGGCCGGAACCGAUACAACUGCAAUCACAACGGAAUGGGCCUUCGCGGAGCUCAUCAACCAUCCUGACAUUUUCAAGAAAUUAAAGGUUGAGAUUGAUUCAGUGGUCGGAAAGAAUAGAUUGGUUGAAGAAUCGGACGUCCCAAAUAUUCCUUACCUCCAGGCAGUUGUCAAAGAAACACUCCGACUGCACCCAACAGGCCCAUUGAUUCAUAGAGAAUGUAGUGAAGAUUGCAAGAUUGGUGGCUACGAUGUACCAGCUAACACCCAAGUGUUCAUCAAUGUGUGGGCCAUCGGAAGGGACCCCGAGCAUUGGGUCGACCCACUUGAAUUCCGUCCCGAGAGAUUCAUGCCGUCCGAUGAGAGUGACCGUAGUCACCACGUGGACGUUAGGGGGCAGCAUUUCCAUUUCUUGCCGUUUGGGAGCGGACAGAGAGGCUGCCCAGGCACUUCUCUAGCGAUGCAGGUCGUACAAACAACGCUCGCUUCCAUGAUCCAAUGCUUCGAUUGGAAGGUUGGGAUCAACGGAGAGAGUGCAGCUGUUGAUAUGACGGAGGGCCCAGGAUUGACAUUGCCUAGGGCACAUCCAUUGGUGUGUGUCCCGAUUGCCCGUGCAAAUCCUGUUCCUUUCAAUUGA